GCUGUUUGUUGGCGUGUAUACUUCACUGUCCUUCUAAGCAGCAUCGCUCACCUUCAACCGGCCUGACGCACCCAAUAAAAAGGCAACCGGACGACGUGAAACGUCUCUUCUAGACGAACAGAGCCGCAUCUGAGUGUUUAUUCGCUUUUUUGUAAAAAAAAAAUAAUGUAGCGUAAUCGUUGGGUGUUUUUUUUUAAACGACUAUACAGUCCGGCCUGUUCACUGCGACACGGAAACAACAUCAUCAAAAAAAAACUAAACACAACCUGAAAAAACGUUUUAAGCUUCUUUGCAGUGUUUCUGUGGGACAAAGGAGAGAUCUCUACGGAUCUUUCUCGUCGUGUUGUGUGGUUUUUUUGACGCCUCAGCAGCAUCCACCUCGUCCUCAUCGUCGUCUUCAUUCAAUCUGCGCCAUGGCCGACGUCCCAGCAGAGUGCAACAUCAAGGUGCUGUGCCGCUUUCGCCCUCUCAACCAGUCCGAGAUCAUUCGAGGCGAUCUCUUUCUACCCAAAUUCCAAGGAGAUGACACCGUCAUCCUGGGGGGGAAGUCAUACGUGUUUGACCGAGUGUUUCCCACCAACACCACCCAGGAGCAGGUGUACAACACCUGCGCCAAGCAGAUUGUGAAAGAUGUGCUUUGCGGCUACAACGGCACCAUCUUUGCCUAUGGACAAACCUCCUCCGGCAAGACUCACACCAUGGAGGGCAAGCUGCAUGACCCUCACCAGAUGGGCAUCAUUCCUCGCAUUGCUGAGGACAUCUUCAAUCACAUCUUUGCCAUGGAUGAAAACCUGGAGUUCCACAUCAAGGUUUCCUACUUUGAAAUCUACAUGGACAAAAUCCGAGACUUGCUGGAUGUGACAAAGACCAACUUGUCCGUCCACGAGGAUAAGAACCGUGUUCCGUAUGUCAAGGGAUGCACAGAGAGAUUUGUCUCCAGCCCGGACGAGGUCAUGGACGUGAUUGACGAGGGCAAAUCUAACCGCCAUGUUGCCGUUACGAACAUGAACGAGCACAGUUCUCGCAGUCACAGCAUCUUCCUCAUCAACAUCAAGCAGGAGCACGUGGAAACGGAGCAGAAGCUGUGUGGAAAACUCUACCUGGUGGACUUGGCUGGAAGUGAGAAGGUCAGUAAGACGGGGGCUGCAGGAGCCGUCCUGGAUGAAGCCAAGAACAUCAACAAGUCUCUUUCAGCUUUGGGGAACGUCAUCUCUGCCUUGGCUGAGGGCACGAAAAGCCACGUGCCGUACCGCGACAGCAAAAUGACCCGCAUCCUUCAGGACUCUCUUGGAGGGAACUGUCGUACCACCAUGUUCAUCUGCUGCUCACCCUCCAGCUACAAUGACACCGAAACUAAGUCCACGCUGAUGUUUGGACAACGCGCCAAGACUAUCCGUAACACCGCCUCCAUCAAUCUGGAGCUGACGGCUGAGCAGUGGAAGAGGAAAUACGAGAAAGAGAAGGAGAAGAACAAGACCAUGAAGGACACCAUCCAGAAGCUGGAGGCUGAGCUCAACCGCUGGAGGAACGGCGAGGACGUGCCGGAGACGGAGCGCACCCAGCCGGAGACCAUAACCCGUUACGAGUCGGUGGAGGAGCAGCAGCAGCAGCAGCAGCAACAGCAGCAGCAGCGUACCAUCCUGGACAACGACACCUCCUCCAUUGUGGUCCGCAUUUCUGAGGAGGAGCGGCACAAGUACGAAGAGGAGAUCCGUAAGCUGUACAAGCAGCUGGAUGACAAGGACGAUGAAAUCAACCUGCAGUGCCAACUUGUGGAGAAACUGAAGCAGCAGAUGUUGGAUCAGGACGAGCUUUUGGCGUCUUCGCGUGGCGAUGGCGACAAGGUGCAAGCGGAGCUGGGCAGGCUUCAGGUGGAGAGUGACUGCGCCAAGGCGGAGGUGAAGGAGGUGCUGCAGGCUCUGGAGGAGCUGGCCAUCAACUAUGACCAGAAGAGCCAGGAGGUGGAGGAGAAAGGUCUGCAGAACCAGCUCCUGGCCGACCAGCUGGCCCAAAAAAUGGCCAGUCUGAUGGAGCUGGAGGCAGAGCUGUCUCGCAUGCAGGAAGUGAGUGGUCAGCAAAGGAAGCGCAUUGCCGACGUUCUCAACGGCCUGAUGAGGGACCUCAGCGAAUUCAGCACCAUCGUGGGAAAUGGCGAAAUCAAGCUGCCGGUGGAGAUCAGCGGCGCCAUCGAGGAGGAGUUCACGGUGGCUCGCCUGUACAUCAGCAAGAUCAAGUCUGAGGUGAAGAGCAUGGUCAAGCGUUGCCGUCAGCUGGAGAACAUGCAGCUGGAGUGCCACCGCAAGAUGGAGGAGACCGGCAGGGAGCUCUCGUCUUGCCACCUCCUCAUCUCUCAGCACGAAGCGAAGAUCCGCUCGCUGACCGAGUACAUGCAGAGCGUGGAGCAGAAGAAGAGGCUGCUGGAGGAAAGUCAUGAUUCUUUGAGUGAGGAGUUGGCCAAGCUGCAAGACCAAGAUAAUUCCCUUAUGGAGGACAAGGAUGCUGAGAAGGGAGAGACUGAGGAUGGAAACGUCAAGAAGAUAACCCGCCAGCAGGGGGAGUCUCACCGUGGCCUCCAUCACAAGCAGCUGGCUCGUCUGCGGGAUGAGAUCAAUGAGAAGCAGAGGCUCAUUGACGAACUUACCGAUCGGAACUCCAAGAUGGAGCUGGAGCUGGCUCAGGUUAGGUCCGACUUUGAACGUCUGAAGAGCCAAGACAGCACCAAGAGCGAGCGCCUGGAGGAGCUCUCAUUCCUGCACGAGCGCCAUGAGCAGACUAAACAGGACCUGAAGGGUCUGGAGGAGACCGUCGCCCGCGAGCUCCAGACCCUCCACAACCUGCGCAAGCUGUUUGUUCAAGACCUCACGUCGCGGGUUAAAAAAAGUUCCGAAAUGGAACCUGAUGAUAGCGGGGGGUCUUGCACCCAGAAGCAGAAGAUUUCCUUUCUUGAGAAUAACCUGGACCAACUUACAAAGGUUCACAAACAGCUGGUUCGUGACAAUGCAGAUCUGCGUUGUGAGCUUCCAAAGCUGGAGAAACGUCUUCGGUCUACUGCUGAGAGAGUUAAGGCCCUGGAGACUGCACUGAGAGAUGCCAAGGAGGGCGCCAUGAUGGACCGCCGCCGCUACCAACAGGAAGUGGACCGCAUCAAAGACGCCAUGAGGGCGAAGAACGCCCUGAGGCGCCCUCAUGCCGCGCAGAUCGCCAAGCCCGUGAGACCGAAGCAGGUUCCCGUGUGUUCUCCCAGCAACCCGUUCUACUCGUACAUCCGGGCUACAGAGCAUGCCAACACCUACAGCAACGCUGUUUUCCAGAGCAACAUGACACCACCGCCCAAUUCCGCCAGCAUCAACUGCAACCCAAACUCUGUUCAAACCAACACAGUUUCCACAGCGCUGGGCUACAGAGCAGGAAGAUACAAUGGAGACAUACUGGAAUCUUUCCCACUUAACAUUGACAAUGGAAACAGCAUCAGUGACGCAAGGGACAUCAAUGACAACAGGAGUGAUGUGCACUGUGGCAGCGAGGUGGACGAUUCAAACAGACACUACAUGGUUCACCAGGAGACAGCUGCAAGUUAAUAGCAAGGUGACGACCAAAACACUGUACAUGUCCAGGGACCCCCUCCCCUCCCUUUCACCUGCAUGCAUGCGGCCCGUCUCUCCUGCUUCACCCACUGAUCAACAAAGAUAAAGAUCUAUAGCUUUGUAGUCUUUCAAGUACGUAAAGCUUCUCCUCAUCCCUCUUACUAGCGUCGACCAUUUAAUUACUCCGAGGCCUCUCGUUUUGAGAUGAAAUCAAUUUUGUAAAUAUUAAAAAAAAAAACAGUCAAAUCGGUGAUAUGUUUCAGUACACGCACAUGCACACACAGCAUGCAUGUCACUUAGCAGGUUAGCUUUCCUGAUAUUUGCAUGUGUUGCGAUUCCAACAGAGAGGCUACAAAACUUGGUUUUGCACACCCGGUAGUUGUUUACAUGUGUUUUUUUUGCAGGUUGUUUCAGGUGUGAGGUAAACGUAAACACAUCUGGAUCAAUUGAGAGUGAAUGUAAAAUCGAGAAUUCGUCAGAAUCGGCCAUUCGAAGGUGGCGUUCCUCUAUUUACUGCAGCUGACAUCGAUAAGGUUUAAUUUUUUAUGAGUCACCGAGCGCUAUGACUAUAUUUUGUCAUUAAUGUAACCAAUAUAUAUGUAAGUGUAGUAUAUAAUAUAAUACAUUUUGCAGUUCUAUCACAAUAAUUAGCAUACAGUGGCUCUGAAAAUUGACCCCUCCAAAAUUUUUAAUUUUUUUAAUUCAAUUUUGUUCAGAAAUUUUCAGCUUUAGUCAUAUACCCGAAACCUGUUAUUUCCUAAAUGUGAAAAAGUCAUUAUAUAUAUAUAUAACAAGUUUAUUCACUUUAAUAAUGAUUUGGAGUGCAUGAGAAAAUGGAAAGGAACACAUAGCUCUCUUUGACAACAUAGUCAUGUCUUACAUUGUGUAUAUUGCACAACACAGCAGCAUCAGAACCAAUGUUAGCGGCAAGUCGCUAAUCAGCCAGCAGUAAUAUUACUAACGACUGUAAACAAGAGCACGCCAAAUAUAACACGUAUGACUUCACACCGACAUUACGCAUGCAGUAUAUAUUUUUAACAUAAAAAUAUCUGUCUUAAUUUGUUUAUUUAUAUUUUUGAAGGCGCUAGCCGCAGCUCUGAAUGGCGUACCUUAUGACGGCGUAGCAUCAGAGCUAAAUUACAAUGAAUGAAUGAAGGUCUUUUAAUUCAGCGCCAACAUGGAGAGAACUUGUUCCCUCUCCAGCUAGCCAACCAGCAGUUGGGGUUCGGACUUGUUGUUUGUUUGUUUAUGCUGUGAUUCUUCUCACGUAUAUCCUGACCAUCCAAUCAGGAGAGAGGAACACUGCGUGAAUUUAAAGAACUCAAUUAUUUGGGCUGUUUUUAAAUGAAAAUUAUUCAUUACAUUUAUCGGAAUAUGAUCUUAAAUAGAUGAAAAAAAUAUGCAUUCAGGUACAGAUGGAAUGUAAAAAUUUAUUUCUUUAAAUGACAGCAAAAUGACCUGCACCUUUAUCUGGAUUUGCACCAAAAUUUGACCUAUUUUGAGUCUUAUUUUGCUGAUCUCAGGGUCACCGGGAAUCUUAUUAUAGGCUGAAAACGAAUUACAAACUGAAAACAAACACCAAAAAAAAAAUACUUAAAAUCAAUAUUUAUUAUGUUGUAAUAUACUCUUUUAAUUAUCUAUUUUUUGUACAAAAAUAUUGUUUUGUUUAACAUAUUAUAUUAUUUUUAAAAUAAUUUAAUUCUUCUAUUGUUUAAUUUAUAAUUAUUUAUGUGUAUCAUUGUUAAAAAAAAAACCUGCAGACCUUGUCGUAAUAAUAGUCUGUCCCUUUAAAAAAAAAAAAAAAAAAGAUGCCUUGGACUCUCUGCAAUUGAGUGGCCACUAUAUAAGAAAAUACGGUAGAAAUAUGUUCAGACCCUACAGUGUGUGUCCUAGCAGACCCCUUCUAUUUGACACCAUGUUGUAAUAUAUAUAUGUGAAGGUGAGGAGCGUGUACUGUACUGUACUUUAUACCGCAUAUAAAUACAGUAUAUUUAUUUCUACAUAUGUCAUCUGUUACUGCUUCCACUGUCUGCUUUAAACAUAUCACAAAUAAGUGUGCUAUUUUAUUCUUCAUUUUUGUCAGUAAAGUCUCUUAUGACAAUGCAAGAGAAAGGUAUUAGUUUUAUUUUGUGUACGCUGAUAACUAUGAUACAUUCUCCGAUAAUCAUCGUGCAAGACUCCUUGUAUGUAAAUAAAUAGAAGUGUACUGCAUUGUAUGUGAGCCAUUGUGUUGUAGUUCAAUAAACUUGUAGAAAGCA